AUGCGCAGAACAAUAUCAUCUGCGACGACUAGCAGCACGUGGAGGAGCAGAGAUGAUAAUACCUUACCUAUAGGCGGCAGGACAAUGUCUACAAGUAGCUGGACUACGACGAGCAUGGCCGAGAACGCCGAUAGCGAAAGCAUCUUUUUCAGCUCCCUCAACCCGCUUGCACCUAUUUCGAUCGUAAUGAUCCAUAUUCUACUAAGCUCGCAUCUGGAGUGGGCCCAUUGCUGGCCUCAGCUAACCGAGUACCAUCUUCUCAUCCCUGAUUUACCGCAGCAUUCGCGAUCGAAGCACGUUGGGCCUUUUUCGUUCGUCUUGGCGGCCGACCGCAUAGCGCAGAUGAUCCGAGAACACGCUCACGAUGGGAAGGCGCAUCUUGUAGGGUUGUCUACGGGAGGUUUCGUCGCGAUGGAGUUAAUACGGCGGCAUCCGGACCUUGUCCUAAGCGCUUUCGUGUCAAACGCUGUACCGGUAACCGAAGCGUGGAAGAGCCUUAACUCGUCGCCGAGGAUUUCAUAUCUAGGAUUAUCGGUCUUGUUGCAUAGCCCGAAGAGUCUGCUUUUCAAGGCUACAGGAUGGGCGCCGGAGUUCCAGAACGAUGAGCUUUUGAAGGAGAUUAAGCGUAACAAUACGGCGCGCUUAUACGAGGCGGGCGCUCGUGAAACAAAUAAUUGGAGUAAAGAUGAUAUGGCGGAGGUUGGGAAGAAAGACAUUAGGAUUGCGCUGGUCGUUGGCGGAAAGCAGGAUAAUGUUGAAGGCACGCGGGAGAUGGGCCAAGUUCUAGCGUCGGUGGGUUCGAAGGAAGGAAAGCGUUCUCGCGCGUUUGUGGUGAAGGAUGCUAUUCAUGCUUGGAAUUUGCAAUAUCCCCAACUUUUCGCCCGAGGAAUACGGGCGUGGAUUGAAAAACACCCUUUACCCCAAGCAUUCGAGCCUCUGGAGCCCCUACAACCAACGAAGCCACUGGAAGCACCGGUGUAG